GCUGUUCCUCCACUGGACCUCCCCACCACCCUCCUCCCCCUCCCCCCCCCCAAGAAAAUCAAGAAAAUCAAGAAAAGAGACGCUGCCAGCAAAAGCAGCAGCAUGCUAGUCAUAAAACCUCCUCCACUCCCUGCUGCCAUGAACGAAAUUUGAUCCUCAGCUCCCCACUCACAGCCCUCCGAAAUCUCUGAAAUCAAAGCAAGGAAAGAGAGAGAGAGAGAGAGAGAGAGAGAGAGAGAGAGAGAGAGGGGAAAGAGAGAUGAAGAGGGAUCAUCGAGACGCUUGCAGUGGCGGCUAUGGCGGCGGCGGUGGCGGGGAGGCGAGCGGCGCCUCGAAGGGCGAGCCCCCGUCGUCCUCCUCCACCCACUCAUUGCCCGGCUCUGGCAAGGCCAAGAUGGUGAUGUGGGGCGAGGACGACCAAGAUCCGAGCGGCGGUGGCGGGGGCGGCAUGGACGAGCUCCUCGCGGUGCUCGGGUACAAGGUGAGGUCGUCGGACAUGGCCGAGGUGGCGCAGAAGCUGGAGCAGCUCGAGAUGGUGAUGGGCUCUGCUCAGGAGGACGGCAUCUCGCACCUGUCCUACGACGCCGUCCACUACAACCCUUCCGAUCUCUCCUCGUGGGUCCAGAGCAUGCUCUUCGAGCUCAACCCCCCUCCGCCGCCGCAGCAGGUGGCCGACGCGGUCCUCGCUGCGGCCGAGUCGUCUUCCACCAUCGCGCAGCACCACCGUUCGCAUCUCGGGUCUCGGUCUCAGACGCAGACUCGGACUCUGAGUCAGACUUCGGCUCCCACUCAGACGCAGUCCCAGGUCAUCUUCAACGACGACUCCGAGUACGACUUGAGGGCGAUUCCCGGCGUCGCCGCUUUCCCACAGGGCGACUCGGACUUCGAGAGCGCCGCCCGGAAGAAGAUGAAGACCCUGAACGGCGGGUCGAAUUCGUUGUCGUCCUCGUCCUCUUCGUCGGCCGCCGGAGCGGCGCCCUCCGAGUCGACCCGGCCGGUCGUCCUGGUGGACACGCAGGAGACUGGGGUGCGGCUCGUCCACACGCUCAUGGCCUGCGCCGAGGCGGUCCAGCAGGAGAACCUGAAGCUGGCCGAUGCGCUCGUCAAGCACAUUGGCCUGCUCGCCGCUUCGCAGAACGGCGCGAUGCGCAAGGUAGCGACCUACUUCGCCGAGGCGCUCGCCCGCCGGAUUUACCGAAUCUACCCCAACGACGGCAGCCUCGACUCCUCGUGCAACGACAUCCUCCAGAUGCACUUCUACGAGACCUGCCCGUACCUCAAAUUCGCCCACUUCACCGCCAAUCAGGCGAUUCUUGAAGCCUUCGCCACCGCCAGCCGCGUCCACGUCAUCGAUUUCGGCCUCAAGCAGGGUAUGCAGUGGCCGGCCCUCAUGCAGGCUCUGGCCCUGAGGCCCGGCGGUCCGCCCGCCUUCCGGCUCACCGGGAUUGGCCCGCCGCAGCCGAACAACACCGACGCCUUGCAGCAGGUCGGCUGGAAGCUGGCUCAAUUGGCCGACACUAUCGGGGUCGAGUUCGAAUUCCGGGGUUUCGUGGCGAAUUCGCUGGCUGAUCUCGAGCCCGCCAUGCUGGACAUCCGCCCUCCCGAGGUCGAGACGGUGGCCGUCAACUCGGUGUUUGAGCUCCACCCCCUGCUCGCCCGACCGGGGGCGAUUGACAAGGUUCUCUCAUCGAUCAAGGCCAUGAGACCUAAGAUAGUGACGAUGGUGGAACAGGAGGCGAAUCACAAUGGCCCGGGGUUCGUGGACCGGUUCACGGAAGCUUUGCAUUACUACUCCAGCCUGUUCGAUUCGCUGGAAGGGUCUGGGGUGGCUCCCCCGAACCAGGAUCUGGUCAUGUCCGAGGUCUACUUGGGUCGGCAGAUUUGCAAUGUUGUGGCCUGCGAGGGGCCGGAUCGAGUGGAGCGGCACGAGACGUUGGUGCAGUGGCAGGCGCGGAUGGGAUCGGCUGGGUUCGACCCGGUCCAUCUCGGGUCCAACGCGUUCAAGCAGGCGAGCAUGCUGCUGGCCCUGUUCGCAGGUGGAGAAGGUUACCGGGUCGAGGAAAACGAUGGUUGUCUCAUGCUCGGUUGGCACACGAGGCCUCUGAUCGCCACUUCGGCGUGGCAACUCGCUGCUGCAACUCAGUGAAUCAACUGUCGUUCGGUUGAGUUUGGUCGAAAUCGAGAUAGACCCUGUUGUCGGUUGGACCCCUUAGAUGAUCAGUGAAUGGAAGUGCUUUGCCUGAGUUGGGAAGGUACUAAGAGAAGAGAGGCUACGAAACAACCUCAGAGCGUGUAGUUCCACUUCUUGUUUUUUGCCUCUGUGUAGUCUUCUGCAAGAUCUUCCAAAUCUUCCUUAUUGAUUUAUUUCAUGAAUUUUGAUUUUGGUUAGACCUUUGGGCUCUACUCAAGGUUGGAUGAAUGCGAAUGUGUAUCCUCUGCAUUUAGCUUCUGGAAUAAAAUGAUGACGACGACGAUUCUCGCUGCCA